AUGGAUAUUGAGAUAAAAGAAGAAUUGAAGCGUGCAAAAGAAAAAUUGGAGCAUGCAACAGAAGAAUUGGAGACAUUUAAGAAUAAAAAACAGGACAGAUUAGAUGAGUUGCUACUGAAGUUGGCUAAUGGAGAAGAGAGGAACGAUAACCAGAAAAAAUAUUGGGGAAUUAUGAUAGAUGAUCUUAGGGAAGAAAAAGCAAGGUUGAAGGAUCGAGAGAAAUUUUUUAUGGACCACGUGGCACAUUAUCUAAACAAAUUAUCAGAAUUUAAUAAUAACGAUGUAAAUGAGCUUUCCUCGAAAAAGGCACGCGUUGAUGAAACAGAUCCAUUAAUUCAGAAUCUGUCGAAAUUUUGGAAUGCUCUUCCAAGUGCUGACAUA